CGGCAUAAUCAAAGAACAACAAAACAUCAAAAUCAUCUUUCGAGUUUUCUGUGGAAAUCCAUUUUCUGUGUCAAAGAAGUGAAAUAAAAUGGCUUUAGCUGAUGUUUGUGGACUUUCACUGUCUUCUUUCGAUGCACCAUCUGUGCUGAAGUUCCGUGGCACGGAGAAGUUGUGUGAAAACUGGGAAAAUCCUCUGGCAUUGGCUGUACCACCGUAUGAGAAUCCGGCUGAGAAUUUGUCCAAGCUUCAGGACUAUGGGGCAUCUACAGGGAUCAAAAUUGACUUUGACCAUGGAACCACAACGCUGGGAUUCCGCUUUGAGCACGGUGUCAUCCUGGCUGUGGACUCCCGAGCAACCGGAGGACAAUUUAUCGGUUCUCAGAAUAUGAAGAAGAUUGUUGAGAUCAAUGACUAUCUUCUUGGAACACUGGCUGGUGGAGCAGCAGAUUGUGUCUAUUGGGACAGAGUUCUGGCCAAGGAAUGUCGUCUCCAUGAGCUACGCAACAGAGAGCGCAUCUCUGUGGCGGCAGCUAGCAAGAUCAUGGCAAAUAUCAUCUUUAAUUACAAGGGAAUGGGACUCAGCAUGGGGAUGAUGUUGGCUGGAUACGAUAAACGAGGUCCUGGGCUGUACUACAUUGAUUCAGAAGGCAGUAGAACACCUGGGAAAGUCUUCUCCGUGGGCAGUGGAUCUGUCUUUGCUUACGGUGUCCUGGAUUCUGGUUACAGAUGGGACUUAAAGGAGAAUGAGGCAUACGAAUUGGCACGUAGGGCAAUCUAUCAUGCCACCCACAGGGAUGCUUACUCAGGAGGCAUCAUCCGGGUGUACCACAUGACCAAGAAUGGCUUCAUUCACAUCAGUGAUGAGGAUUGCAUGGAUCUCCACUACAAAUACCAGGAAGAGAAGCUCCAGCAGUUUGGCCCAUAGGUUAUUUUGCAAAGAUGUGCAUUUUCUAUACUAAAAUAAAUUCAUUCUGAAGAUUA